UAUAGGAAUAUUAAAUUGUGAGGUUAAUAUAAAAAGGUUUCCAGAUUUUUCCAGCAUUAUUAUUUGAAAAAUUUUGAGAAGAUAAUGCAUUUAGCAAAAUUUGUUUGUAGUUCUCAUUAUUUAUAUCGUACGAUUCGAGUUAAUAGAGUGGAAAGAUGUCUUCACGCUUGCUCUACACAUUCUUUACGUUUCAACAGCUCUGCAAAUUUGAACACACCAACAAAUCAACACUUUAAAAACGACAGGCAUCUCGGAUUUUCCACAAGAAAAUUAUCCUUAUUUGAAAGCCAUAGUAAAAUAUAUUCACUUGGUUAUUCGCAUAGAUUUCUUUCUACGAAAGGAUCAGAUGAAGAUGGUGUGGAGGAACCUAAUCCUCAACUACCAGCAACAGUUGCAGUACCAGAAGUUUGGCCUCAUGUACCUGUUAUUGCUAUCAAUAAAAAUAUAGUUUUUCCCAGAUUUAUUAAACUCAUUGAAGUUACAAAUCCUCAGUUGAUAGAAUUAAUUAGGAGGAAAGUUAAAUUGAAUCAGCCAUAUUGUGGAAUCUUCUUAAAAAAAAACGAUGAGAAUGAAGCCGAGGUAGUGAGUAAUUUGGAUGAUAUUUAUCAUGUUGGCGUAUUUGCACAAAUUCAUGAAAUGCAAGAUCUUGGAGACAGACUUAGAAUGGUGGUAAUGGCUCACAGAAGGAUAAAAAUCACUGGUCAAAUUUUAGAUAUAGAGGAAGAACCAGUCAAAGAAAUGAAACUCACAUUUCCUCUAUUUAAAACAACCAUGAAUGUUCUUGUAGAAGAGACAGAUGCCGAGAAGAGAAGAAGGAAACAUAGAAAUAACAGAUUGAAGAAAGGUAUGACUGAAAUUAAAGAAGUAUCUGCAGUGAAAGAAACAGAUAAAGAAACUGAAAAGAAAGAUACAGCAGAGAAAAAAGAUGAAGAGAAAGAAAAUAAACCGGAUGUACUUUUAAUGGCUGAAGUAGAAAAUGUAGUACACAAUAAAUUCAGACAAACAGAGGAAGUUAAGGCUUUGACACAGGAAGUUAUCAAAACAAUAAGAGAUAUCAUAAGUUUGAACCCUCUAUAUAGAGAUAGUUUGCAACAAAUGAUGCAUCAAGGACAGAGAGUUGUUGAUAAUCCUGUUUACUUGAGUGACUUAGGAGCAGCUUUAACAGCUGCUGAAUCUAAAGAAUUGCAAGAAGUAUUGGAAGAGAUGGAUAUACCAAAACGAUUGAUGUUAUCACUUGCAUUAUUGAAGAAAGAAUUGGAGCUGUCGAAACUUCAACAGAAAAUUGGCAAGGAAGUAGAGGAAAAAGUGAAGCAGCAGCACAGGAAAUAUAUUCUUCAUGAACAAUUAAAGGUUAUCAAAAAAGAGCUGGGCUUAGAGAAAGAAGAUAAAGAUGCCAUAGGAGACAAAUUUAGGGAAAGAAUUAAAGAUAAAGUUGUUCCACAGGCAGUAUCUGCUGUUAUCGAUGAAGAAUUGAACAAACUUGGAUUUUUGGAAAGUCAUAGUUCAGAAUUCAAUGUUACAAGGAAUUAUUUAGACUGGUUGACUUCAUUACCAUGGGGUCUACAAAGUGAAGAAAAUUUAAAUUUACAGCGAGCAACAGAAAUAUUAGAUAAAGACCAUUAUGGCAUGGAAGAUAUCAAAAGAAGGAUCUUAGAAUUCAUUGCCGUUAGUCAGUUGAAAGGUACAACCCAAGGAAAAAUUUUAUGCUUCCAUGGACCUCCUGGUGUUGGUAAAACUAGUAUUGCGAGAUCUAUUGCCAGAGCUUUAAAUCGUGAAUAUUUCCGAUUUUCUGUUGGUGGAAUGACUGAUGUAGCUGAAAUUAAGGGCCAUAGAAGAACUUACGUGGGGGCAAUGCCCGGAAAGGUUAUUCAGUGUCUCAAAAAGACAAGAACCGAAAAUCCUCUAGUUCUGAUCGAUGAAGUUGAUAAAAUUGGAAAAGGCUAUCAAGGUGACCCCAGUUCUGCCCUUCUCGAAAUGUUAGAUCCAGAGCAAAAUGCAAAUUUCCUCGAUCAUUAUCUCGAUGUUCCUGUUGAUUUAUCCAAAGUGCUAUUCAUAUGUACUGCAAAUGUAACCGACACAAUUCCUGAACCCUUACGUGAUAGAAUGGAGAUGAUAGAUAUGUCUGGGUACAUAGCAGAGGAAAAACUAGCCAUUGCCAAAGAAUACCUGUUGCCUCAAGCUAUCAAAGAUAGCGGACUGAAAGAUGGCACCAUUUCUAUAAAUGAUGAAUCUUUGAAGACACUAAUCAAGAGUUAUUGUAGAGAAUCCGGAGUGAGGAAUCUGCAAAAGCAUAUAGAGAAAGUAGUUCGUAAAGUAGCUUAUAAAAUUGUAAAGGAAGAAACUGGAUCUGUUGAUGUUAGUCCUGAAAACUUAUCUGAAUUUGUAGGAAAACCCGUGUUUACUCAAGACAGGAUGUAUGAUGUGACCCCUCCAGGUGUUGUUAUGGGAUUGGCUUGGACUGCAAUGGGUGGAUCUACCCUAUUUAUUGAAACCACAACCAGAAAAGCUCAAGAGAAAGAAACGGGUGAAGGUAGUUUGGAAUUAACUGGGCAUUUAGGAGAGGUGAUGAAAGAAUCGGCGAAAAUAGCACUCACAGUUGCCAGAAAUUUCUUAUAUACAUUAGACAAAGAUAAUAAAUUCCUGCAGAAUAGUCAUCUACAUUUGCAUGUUCCUGAGGGAGCUACACCCAAAGAUGGACCAAGUGCAGGUUGUACCAUAGUCACUGCCUUAAUAUCAUUGGCUCAAAAUAGGUCUAUACGUCAAGAUGUUGCAAUGACUGGUGAAAUUUCUCUAAUGGGCAAAGUUUUACCUGUCGGAGGAAUCAAAGAGAAGACGAUAGCAGCCAAAAGAUCUGGAGUUACAUGUAUAAUCCUGCCCGAUGAGAAUAGGAAAGAUUUCAAUGAUCUGCCAAAGUUUAUAACAGAAGGACUUGAAGUACAUUUUGUGAAGCAGUUCGAUGAAAUUUAUAAAAUAGUGUUCAAUUAGUUUAUUCCUUGGAAUGAAGGACUUUUUAAAAAUUGUUUUUUGUAUGUAAAUGGUUCUGAUAUGCAAAUAGUAAAGUUGUUAUUUUUUUUAUUACUAUAUUGCAUAUAGUCAAAAUUGAAGAAUUUGUUAUUUUAUAUUUAUUCAUAAUUUUCUAUCUUGUUUUAUAAAUAAAAUGUGAUAAAAAAAUUUGA